UUUAUAAAGUAAUGUAUUUCACACGAAGCUCCUGUUGACCACAAAUCUAAGGACUCCGUCGUUUUUGAGGUCGUCGUAGCGUGCGCCUACAGGGAGCGAGCGGUCUGUAGGCCUGCUACUGAGACACGGGAAUUGAACAAGCUAACUAAGAUAUCCCUUUCUAAUAUCUCUGACUAAGCUAACAAAAAACGAACCCUUCAGUGUUAACGUUAUGGCCUAGUAUUGUCCUGAUUACAUCACAACCUACUUAAUUUGGAUUUCCACGGGCCUCUCUUAACAAGAUUACAGUUAGCUAAGCUAACUGUAUCAACUAGCUACCUAUCAUCACUAGUAUUAGUUAGCUAGAUAGCUACCUUGCUAUCACUUGCCACAGGUCGUUGACUUGGCUAGUUGUUAGCCAGCUAACAACAUCAACAGUAUUGACAACUAGUUGAUUAACUAGUAAGUAAGCCAACUAAAGCUGCUUUCGUAUGAGAUCAGCUUGCUGUGUUGGAUGGUAUGCGCGAGACUACCGAACCUUUUGGGAAUACUGGUACAAAAAUUGUUACGUAGUUAGCUUACAUUCUAGAAGAGAAGAUACGCAAGAAACACAUUUUCAGUUCAGUAGGUCGCUAACUAGCUGGAUUUUUAACAAGUGGUCACUUUCCAAAUUUAACGAGGAUGAACGUGUUUACUUCUCACAUAUCUGGGCAGACAAUUUGACAAUGACAAGUGACUGUUCAUACAACGCCAUUUUCGUUCCCCCAACUGGAUUUGAAGUGUGCUCCCCUUUUCCUCAUCAGCAGUGUGCUCUGUGAUCUAUUAGCUGGGCUUGGGCCAGCGUCUCUAAGGGGACUCUUCUCUGGAUCAGGUGACGGGCUGGGCCACGCGGCACCUCUUUGCUGAUUGAGGCCGGAGAGGAAAUGCACUCUCGAAUAAGGACCUCCACGCAGAGAUACACAUAGAGCCUAGUGAGGAGUGCAAUGGAAUCAUCGGUGCUCUCUCAGUGGAGUCGUCCGCGCCGGCGUCGAGACUAAACAACUGGUGUUCCGCGGCCACCGCCGCCCCUACCCCUGCUCCGGCCACUGUGCCCGCGCCCCUAGUCACCUCUGCAAGAAUGGGGGACGGCCUGGACGCAACCACAGUGCAGAUGUCUUCGUCGGGCAGCAGUAGUAGCAGCCAGGGGGGGCAGCCCCAGCCAUCCACCUACGUACCAACCGUGCCAGAGUUUAACCCGCCGCCCCCGGAGUACAUCAACCCGUCGCAGCCCAAGCGGCAGACCAACCAGCUGCAGUACCUGCUGAAGGUGGUGCUGAAGACCCUGUGGAAGCACCACUUCUCCUGGCCCUUCCAGGCACCCGUCGACGCCGUCAAACUCAACCUGCCGGACUACUACAAGAUUAUUAAAGUUCCUAUGGAUAUGGGAACAAUCAAGAAGCGACUUGAGAACAGCUACUACUGGAACGCCCAAGAAUGUAUUCAAGAUUUCAACACCAUGUUCACAAACUGCUACAUUUACAACAAGCCUGGAGAUGACAUAGUGUUAAUGGCUGAGCAGCUGGAGAAGAUGUUUCUCCAGAAGAUUACUGAGAUGCCCCAGGACGAGACGGAGAUUGCUGUCAUGACCGGCAAGGGACGAGGCCGGGGCCGACGGGAAGGAGGUCUGAACUUGAAGCCAGGCCCGACUAUGGAUUCUCCGUCCACCACCCCCCAGACACGGGGCUUCUCCAGCCACUCCCCAGGGCCCCAGACCAGAGGACCACCAGUGCAGCAACAGACCCAGGACCAGGGACCCCCAUCUCUACCUCCUCAGCCCCUCAUGCCAGCCCUGCCCUCCCGCGUGCCCCCAACGCUACCUGUCCACACCCAUGCCCAUGCGCCACAGCUGGGGGCCCCCUACUCACUGGGCCCGUCGGACCUACCUCUCCAGGCCCCCCCUAAGCUCCCUAUUAUGACCUCCGUGCCUCCUCCCCCCACCCAGACCACCCUGCCCCCCACCUCCAUCCAGAGCACUGCCCCCAUACUGCAGAACCCCGUGCCCAUGGCCAAACAGAGAAAGAGCCAGAAGAGGAAAGCAGACACGACCACCCCCACGGCCAACGACCAGCUGAGUGAGUCUUCUCCAGCCGAGUCCAAGUCGGGGAAGACGCUGCCACGGCGUGAAAGCGCCAGGCCCACCAAGCUAAUCAAGAAGGAGGCUCCAGACUCCCAGCACCACCUGGGCCUCGGGAUAGGUCUCGGUCUAGGGGGACCCGGAGGACCAGGGGUAGGGGCUCAUAGCCCCAAGCAGCAGGAGCAGCUACGGAACUGCUCCAGCUUGGUCCGAGACAUGUUACAUAAGAAGCACGCUGCCUACGCCUGGCCCUUCUACAAGCCAGUAAACGUGGACAUGCUGGGGCUGCACGACUACCACGACAUCAUCAAACACCCCAUGGACCUCGCCACCGUCAAGUUGAAGCUGGACAACAGGCAGUACAGAGACGCCCAGGAGUUUGCUGCCGACGUGCGGUUAAUGUUCUCCAACUGCUACAAGUACAACCCACCCGACCACGAGGUGGUGGCUAUGGCACGCAGACUACAGGACGUGUUUGAGAUGCGCUUCGCCAAGAUGCCAGAUGAGCCCGAGGAGAUGUUAGCUUCGGCUCCUGCCCCUGCGAUGCUCCAGUCCUCCGCCCCCAUCAUCAAGGCCCAGCCGCCGCCCAUCCUAAACCCUGCCUCUUCCAUCCUAGGUCCUGCCUCCUUGGUCAAACACUCCGCUUCCUCCUCGGACAGCUCCAGUGAUUCGUCUUCUGAGUCGGAAUCCUCCACGAACGACUUGGAGGAGGAGAGAGCCCAGAGACUGGCCGAGCUACAGGAACAGCUCAAAGCUGUCCACGAACAGCUGGCGGCCCUCUCGCAGCCACAGGCCAGCAAACCAAAGAGAAAAGAGAAGGAGAAGAAGAAAGACAAGCACAAAAGGAAAGGAGCGGUAGAGGAGAUCCCGGAGCCGGCCAUUCAGUUCCCCAAGAAGACCAAGAACAACAGCAGCAGCAACAACAACAAGGAGCUCCUGCCCAAGAAGACCAAGAAACCCAGUAAGAAGGAGGGAGGUGCGGUGAAGAACAACCACUCUGCAGCCCUGGGCCCCCUGGCAGUGCUGCAGCCCCCAGCUCUGCAGCCCGUGUCGGGCUUGGGGGAGGGCCUGGAGGACGACCCGGCUGCAGCCGGAGCCCCCGGGGAGAAGGGUAAGCCCAUGUCGUAUGAGGAGAAGAGGCAGCUGAGUCUGGACAUCAACAAGCUGCCCGGUGACAAGCUGGGUCGUGUGGUCCACAUCAUCCAGUCCAGAGAGCCCUCGCUGAAGAACUCCAACCCCGACGAGAUCGAGAUAGACUUUGAGACGCUCAAGCCGUCCACGCUGAGAGAGCUGGAGAGAUACGUGUCGUCGUGCCUCCGCAAGAACAAGAAGAAGGUUCCUGUGGCAGAGAAGACCAUGGAGGCCAUGACGGCCGCCAAGAUCAAGGCCAGCUCCUCCUCUGACUCCGACAGCAGCGACUCCAGCUCCUCAGACAGUGAUGAGGAGAAGGGAAUCCCUCCUAAACAGAAACAGAAGAAAGGCCACGGGACCAACGAAGGGAAGAAGCCCCAUCUCCACCAUACCAUGUCUGGAGCUGGUCCCCUCCCCCAGGGCCACCCUCACCCCCAGGGCCACCCUCACCCCCAGGGCCACCCUCACCCCCAGGGCCACCCUUACCCCCAGGGCCACCCUCACCCCCAGGGUCCUGUCCUGCAGCCCAGCAUCCACCUGAAGCAACAACAGCACCAUAACCCCUCCCCCGCCACCUACAUGGCCCCUCCCCCGGUAACGGUCACGGCGUUGGAGUCCUCCCAGCUGCUGGAGAACACAUUUGAUUUACUGCCUCACUUCGGCCAGCAGCCCCUCAUGCACCUGUCCCAGCACCACCACUCCUCAUCGCCUGCCGUGCCCCCCCACCUCAAUGUUCACUCGGCAGUGGGGCCUGUGUCCCCGGAGACGCACCCCUUUCUCAACCAGCACCCCAUCCACCCCAACCCUAACCCAGCCUUGCACAACGCCUUGCCCCAGCAGCCGUCUCGACCCAGCCACAGGGCAGCAGCUCUACCUCCCAAACCCCUCCAGCAGCAGCAACCAGCGACCCAGCCAACCCUACUACUACAACAGCUCCAGCCACAAGCCCCUCCACCCCAGCACCACCUCCAGCCCCACAUCCUCCACCCCGCCCCACCUCAGUCCCUGCAGCAGCGGCCCCUUUCCCCCCCCACCCUCACCCCUCAGGGCCUGAUGUCCUCCCUGCCCCCCCAGAUGCUCCUGGAGGACGAUGAGGAGGUGAUUCCGCCCUUACCCCUCAGCCAGGUGCAUCUCUACCUGCAACAGCUCCAGCAGGGACAGAGCCAGGGAAGACCUGGCCAACAACCACACAAUCCCCAGCAGAUCAUGCAGUCUCUCCAGGUUCGCCAACAACAACAGAACCAGGCUCCCCUCCUGCAGUCUGUACAGGUCCAGCCAUCCCAACCCUCUCUACAGCCACCCCAGCUUUCAGUCCAGCUUCCCCAGCCCCAGUCCAAACCCACACCCCCCUCGCGCCAGCCCCAGCAGAUCCAACUCCCACACCAGGUGGCCCGCCACCUGCAGCAGCAUGCACAGAUGGGUUACCCCUCCCAGGGGCCGGUGGCGCAGCAGACGGGUCAGUCAGACAGGCAUGCCGCUGCUGGGCAACACAAGGGGUCCAUGCAGUCCUCCGCCAAAGCACAGCACAUCAUCCAGCAACACCUCUCCCCUCGACAGAUCAAGGCUGAUUCAUACAACAGCGGGCACCUAAGGGAGAACCCCUCCCCCAUCAUGAUGCAUUCCCCCCACCUCCCCCAGUAUCCCCCCAUAACGCACCAGUCUCCGCCACACAACCUGCAGCCCAAGAAAGAGCAGCGUGCGCCCCCGGCCCUGGUAGGCUUGAAAGAAGAGAAGUUUCCUCCCUCUCCAGUGAUGAGAGGAGGAGAGCCCUUCAGCCCAGCCAUGAGACAAGACCCUCACAAACACCCAGAUUGCCACAGCAAGCCCUCUCUACCAGGUCAUGCACAGCAGAAUGUAAAGUCGAUGGACAGCUCUCGGCCGGUCAUCCGUUCCUCAGAGCCCAGCGCUCCUCCCUCCUCCUCCCUGCCAGACAAGGACAAGUUCAAACAGGAGCCCAAAACGCCCGUCGCGCCCAAAAAGGUACAGGAUGUGAAACUGAAGAACAUGGGUUCGUGGGCCAGCCUGGCCCAGAAGCCCACAUCAGCGCCCUUGUCUGCAGUGAAGUCGUCUAGCGACAGCUUCGAGCAGUUCCGCCGGGCCGCCCGGGAGAAAGAGGAGAGAGAAAAGGCUCUUAAGGCCCAGGCAGAGCAGGCUGAGAGGGACAAACUGCGCCGGGAGCAGGAGAAACUACGUGGUCGUGACAGGGAUGAUGAGGAUAUCGUGGAGCCUCAGCAGCAGUCGAGGAGGGUUCAUGAGGAGCCUCGAAGCAGACGUCUGGAGCAGCAGCAACACAUCCAGGCCCCCCAACCCCAACAGCAACCCCAGGCACCAGCCCCCCAGGCCCAGCCCGCUGCCCUCCCCCAGCCCCCACAGGCCCCCACACCGCCCCAGCCCUCAGCCCAGGACCAGCAGAGGGAGCUAGCGCGACGCCGUGAGCAGGAGAGGAGGAGGAGAGAAGCGAUGGCGGCGACCAUUGACAUGAAUUUCCAAAGCGACCUGAUGGCUAUCUUUGAGGAGAACUUGUUCUGAUGACGAGGGAACCCCCAGAAACUUAAAACUGCACAAAUAACACAACGGAAUAAUGAAAAUGGAAUGGAACAUUUCUUCUGAAAUGGAAUCUUCUGUAUGACAUCACAGAUGGUGGGGGGGGGGGGGGGGGGGGGUGUAAUGAACCAAGAUACAGGACGUGAAUUAAACAAUCCCCCCGCAGAGCAGAGAGGGUGAUCUUCAGCUGGACUGGCCCAGACUGGCAAGAUGCUACUGGGCUGUUACCUGCUCUGCUAUGCAGCCUCUUUGGAAGUAAGACGCCACAUUGAAGGAGCAACAUGAACAGGAUAUUUUCAACCAUGUUUGGUGUUGUUUCUCUGGGGAAUUGACCCUUGUUGUUGCCCCUGGCAACAAGACAUGAGGGAAAGGACUCCUGGUGGUCAUGUAAUGUCACACCUGUUUGAUACUUUCACACGGGACAGAGCGAAGGAGAACAAUGUUGUAAAUGGAAGUUAAAGAUGAUAACGGAUAAACACAGUAACGGUGACAUGCUCUGAGAAACAAAGUACUGAUGCGUAUUUACAGACCGAGACCGAGGCGCUCAUAUAGACUGCCAGACAGACGUCUUUCUGAUAAGAGGAGAGGCAGAAUAAGUAUUUUUAUGUGAUCUGCUUUUUGUUUUGUUACAGAAAGAACACAUGAAAGGAAAUGGUGGGGACAGGUGUGUGUGUAUAGAGGGGGGGGGGGGGAAUUAAACUUCUGACAUGUAUUUUUUUGUCAGUAGUAAGGUACAGUACAGCUUUGCCUUCUGCCUCACUCCUGUCCAUUGUCGAAACAGACACAGACAGUACAUAGGCCUAUCUCUCCCUUGCCUGGGCAUACGAACAAAUCAGUAACAACAAAGUAUGGGACAGUCCGCCGGCAGCGGGAGGGAGAAAGCAGAUCUCUUUUUUCAUUAUGUAGGAUCUACUGUAAAGAGGUAUUUUCUUAUUCUAUGAUUACUGUUUAUUUGUUUUUUUUAUAUAUAUUUUUUUUUUUACCUCUCCCUCCCCAACACACUUCCCCCACCGUCUAUGCCAAACAACCAUUACCUUUUUAAUGCUGAACUCCUCCCACUUCUCCUUUUUUUUAAAUGCUUCUUUGUUCAUAUAAAGUUUUUUUGUUUUUUUUAAUAUAUAAAUAGAUUUUUCCCCCUUGUCCUCUUCACCCCUCUUUAAACAAAGCAUUUAGUUUGUUUUUUUUAAAGAGGAUAAAACCUAAUAUAUGCAUUAUUCCAACAAGUGUUAAUUAAUUAAAGAACCAUUUGAAGUUGUCAUAUUUCAUGUUUUCUUCCUCAUCUGAAGCUGGAGCAAAACAUUCUGAUCAGUACUAGAGGCAGAGGCUCAGUCCCAAAUGGCACCCGAUUCCCUACAUAGUGCACUAGUUUAGUAGUGCACUAAAAAGAGAAUAGGCUCCCAUUUGGGAUGAAGUCAGACUCCAGCUGUUUCUAGAGCUAUGUCUUGGUUGGUUUGACUCGGAGUUCACCAUCACUGUAACACCUUAUUGUGUAUUAUUGCGCUUAGAGACAGCUAGGAAAGUAGUCAUUAAUUAAUGGCGUUUUCCUCUUUGUAGCUGAUUCACAAACUAUUGAACCAGAGACUCCAAUAACUAUUACUGAACUGUUUGAUUUAUGAACUGUGUUGAUUCCUCCCUAUUCCUUGCUCGUAUUUUGUCCUGAAAUUUGCAUAGUUAAAAUGAAAAUGUUACUUUAUCCACACUAGCAUACUACUUUAAAAAAAAAAAAACAGCAAUGUAUUGGACAUGCAAUAUAAGUGGUGUGCUGGUAUGGUUAUUAGAACAUAUCCAAAGGGUUCUAAUCUGGUAGUGAGCCUGAAACUCUACUUUGUCAUUUGGGGACAACAGCAACUUUAUUGGGCUUUUAUAAGAACAGAUGAGACACUUCUUAUUGAUUUAGUUCCAGGAUGCAGCAUUACUUUUGACCAGGGCACAUGGGGUACUGUAGUGUACUAAAUAGGAAAUAGGGUGCCAUUUGGGAUGUACAUCCACCCUCCAGACUUUACUAAUGCAGAGACUAAAAAAGAGCUCCACCUCCUGGCUAGUCUGUGCAUGAGUCUUGCUGUUAAUAUUAUGACUACAAUUAAUAGGGAAACUUUUAGCUGUACAAAAUUGAGAAAUAAGGAAAUUGCAUAUAAAAUUUGACAAAAAUAUGUUAUAGAAAACCCUACAAAAACAGCUCUGAUUUCUAUAUUUUUUCAUGUUCGAUUCUAGUGGAUACAUGUGAGUUCUAAUUCUGUUGGCGUCACAGGUCGAGGGUCACGACGAGUUGACCUCUGACCCGGUCCUCUGAGCUUUCGCUUAUGGUGUAAUUCUCCAGUGCCUGUAUUGUUCUAUGAUUCUAGUUGGCAUGUAUUACACUUGGGGUGGAUACGGAAGGGGAGGUGUAAUUUUUGAUGGGGAGGGAGGGAGUUUUAGGAUAAGCUUGUGUAAAAAGUCAAAGGAAAAGUCAGCAUUUUAUAUUUUACCCAUUUAACGAUAUUCAGGUUUAAAUCUAGUUUUAGCUGGUCUUCUGUGGUAUGAGUGUACACUUCACUCAACUACUUUCUAAUUUUCAAUCAGUACAGUUUUAAGUAGACAUGUCUCUGUGCCGCGCCACUUUAGCAUUUGUGUGUCAGAAUGUUUGUGUGGAUGAUUGUGUAUGUAUGAUUUUAGUAUGUGGCGCAGGGACGCAUGUGUCCCAUUGUAGAAAAGCGUUUUAAACGGGGAUGAAGAUUAAUAUACAAAAUGCUACAAGAGAACGAGUUUCUUGGCUAAAGUCAGUCAUCAUUUUGAUGAAUUCCACCAUAUAUGAAUAGCCUAUAUAUCAUUUUGUUUUGUUAGACAAGUUAUGAAAAGGUCAUACUUUUUCAUUCCUUCAAAGCCUUUUAUUAAUUCCUUAAUUUUAUCCCCAUGGUAACUGAUGGAAGUUAUGUGCCAUAGAUAUGGAUUCUUCAGAAUGUGCUCAGCAGAGAGUUUGCUUUAUUCAGGUAUUUUAUUUUGUGUUACAUUUUUGGUCUUUUGUUUUUUUGGGGGGGGGUUGUGUAACAUUUUCCUUGAUUUAUUGUUUGGUAUGUGAGUGGUCGGUCAAUGAUUAAAUCUGUUAUGAUCAUGGAGUAAACUCAUCUCUUUUAUAGAAAAUAAAAAAUAAACAAAAUGUUGGUCUUUUUUUCAUUACAUUGGAUUAUGGUAACAAGGGCUCUGGACUGGUUUCCUUAGUGAAGUCCUACAUUUGGGUCUGUGAUGUUGGGAAUGGACUAUUUAUGGACUAGAGUACAAUGUAGUACAGUACUGGUGCAAUCUAUCUGUAAAACUAGCCCAUGCUGUCUUAGGGAUACUAACUUUUGAGGGAUAGAGAUUGGAGGAAUAGUGAAGCUUCCCAUUUGUAGCAUGUACAGUGCCUUCAGAAAGUAUAAAUACCAGGACAACAUUUUUUAUGCUUUGACAUAUUUUUUGCUGUAUUUUACUUCAGUGCCUUGUUGCAAACAGGAUACAUGUUUUUGAAUAUUUUUAUUCUGUACAGGCUUCCUCCUUUUCACCCUGUCAUUUAGGUUAGUAUUGUGGAGUAACUACAAUGUUGAUCCAUCCUCAGUUUUCUAUCACAGCCAUUAAAGUCACCAUUGGCCUCAUUGGUGAGAUUUCUGAGUGGUUUCCUUCUUCGGCAACUGAGUUAGGAAAGAUGGCUGUAUCUUUGUAGUGAUACCCGUCUGAAGUGUAAUAACUUCACCAUGCUCAAAGGGAUAUUUAAUGUCUGCUUUUUUUUCACCAUCUACCAAUAGGUGGCCUUCUUUGCGAGGCUUUGGAAAACCUCCCUGGUCUUUGUGGUUGAAUCGGUUUCAAAUUCAAUGAUGAUAAUUGUAUGUGUGGUGUACAGAGAUGAGGUAGUCAUUAAAAAAAUAAUGUAAAACACUUGCA